GUCGUGGCCUGCCCAUCGUUUUCGUUGCUGCUCGAACGCGUUCGCCGCCACGAAAAGGAAAAACGAGGCAUGGAGUUUGACGACCUGCUACACAACCUCCGUGAGCGAGGGCCAGGACAGUCGACAAACCACGGACGAGAUACCGCCAACGACAAUGGCACCGCCGCGGCAAACAGCGACCAGGAUGACUUGGACGAAGAGCACUUGUUAUUGCUUGUAGAGGCAGCAGAGGCGUCGCAUGAUGCGGAGCUUGGUGCAUCGACGGCAAGCCACACGCCGGCGCCAGCACCGCCCCACAGCACCACAACCUCGUCUGCUGCAACACCAAAUCGCGCCCAACCACAACCAUCCUCGUCAGCAUCCAUGGAGCGCAGACCACGCGACAUCACGAACAGCACGCGUGCCAACCCAGCCGCAGCAACGACAACGCCUAACCAGCAGCGCCGCGGCCUCGACCCACAACCGUGUCAUGCGUCAUCGUCUGUGAACAAUGCUGCUACAACAGCUCCCAUGACUAGCAAACGGGCGAAGGUAACUGCAUCCUUGACAACCGAGAGCUAUCCUUCAUCUCGUCCACCCUCUUCCAACCCAUACGCCAAGCAUCGUCAACACAACCAAGGGCAGCAGCACCAAUACAGUAACAACCAGACUCGGCAACAGCACGGCUACAACCAGCAGACACGACACCAACACAACACCAACAGCCACCAGCAUCGACCAGCUGAGUACACAACACCACAACGCAACAGGGCUUCGUCCGCACACGCGCGGGGCGCCUCGCCCGCUGUCACACCAACAGGAGCGGGAGCAGCAACAACACCGAGGUCCACAGCAGCAUCAGCAGCAUCAGCAGCAAUGUCGUCGUCGUCAUCCUCAUCCUCAUCAUCGUCACGCUCGCGAUCAGCGCCAUCGCGUGGGCACCGACCAUCCUCAAGCGCAAUGGUGCACAGCCCGUAUAUGCCCGGCCCAGCACCCGCGUCCAACAGAAUACCGCUGCCGCCGCACCUCAGCAGCCGCUCCCUGCCCCGCCCGCACUCGCACGCGCACACGCGCAUGUACCAGCACAUACCGCCCCCGGCGCCCAUGUUUGAUGUGCUGGACGAGGAUGUGGAGGAGUCCGUGCAGGUGCCGCGGCGGUUUCCCGGGCCAGCAGGCGCACUUCCAGAGCUGACGGAAGACACGGACCUGAAUGAACCAUUGUCCAAGCUGCCAUACCACCGCCGGCGGCGCCCGCUGCCGAGUUUUGCAACCGCGGCCUGGAAACGCAUGGUGGAGCUGAGCAGCAAGAACGCGUGGAACGGCGUACGAAAGGCGAACAUUGCCACCAUCCUCGCCUCUGACCUCUUCGGCAAGAUUCCGUACAUUGCAAUAAUGAUCCGCUCAAUCCGGUUCAGCGGCCGCGACGCUUCCAUCAUCGGCUGCGACCCAACAGGGGUGAUGAAGGGCAGCGUGCACCCUGGCGUGCUUGAUAUUGUGAAGGCGGACCAUCUGGUUGAAGGGGCGGUGCUUGUGCUGCGGCAGGUGUCUGUGUUCAGCCCCUCGCCCCGCCGGCACUACCUCAACAUCACCGCAAAGAACAUUGUCACCGUCUUCCUUCCAGAUGCAACAGAGGUGAAGGUGGCGCGACCAUCAGCUGCCACCCCAGCAACCACACCAUCCCCAACAGCCCCAGCACCACACAACCAACCACGGCAGCAACCGCAGCAGCAUCGGCGCCACGAGCAUGAUGAUGGUGAUGGCGGUGGCAAUAACAACGCAGGAUCGAUUAUGGGCACGCCUCCCCUCUUCACAUCGUCCCCGCCGCGUGCGCAUGUUGGCGGCGCCGUGAGUCAGCAGCAGCAGCAGCAGCAGCAACAGCACUCUGUGGUGCGGGGAGCAGGCACGGGUAAUGGGGCAAGAGGUGGGCAAUCACGUAGCUUGGAUCGAAGAAGACCACAACAACAACAACAACAACAACAACAACAACAACAGCAGCAGCAGCAGCAGCAGCAACAGCAGCAGCAGCAGCAGCAGCAGCAGCAACAGUCGAAGGCAGUUGAUUCGUCGCAGCAGUCUCAGGAGAAAGACUCGGCGUCUGUGCAGGUCAUGGCUGAAUCGCUGGGCAUUGAACAAGACGAAUUUGACAGUCUGCUUGAAAUGAUGGACGACGAUGACGAUGAGCCAUGACUCUGUACGGCAGGACAGGUGAACCAGUUUGACUAUGUAUGUUUGGACUUUGUGUGGGGUUGUAGCAAGACAGACAGACCACCAACAAGCAGCACAGUACAGCAUGCGCCUUGUACCAUGCUGCUGUGCUGCGACACGUACUUGCCGCUCUCAAGCACAGACAUCAACGAGUAAAGCGCAAAGCAGGCCA